AUGAUAGGUCAGCAAUUUAAAGAAUUAAACGUCGAUUUAAAUGCUAUACCAUUUUGGAGUAAAGAUAACAAUAGUGAUAUUGUGAAAUUACGUUCAAUAUUGAAACAAAAAUUGUUUAAAAAGUAUAAUUAUUUACUUAAUGAAGCCCGUUAUAUAUAUAAUAAAUCGUUAGCGCCGACAACAGUACCAAUAAUAGCACAUCAUCCUGAUUCGCGUAUUAUUGAUCUUACAACUCGAAAAUUGUCUCAAUGGGAAGCAAUGUAUUAG